CAUCAUCAUCACUUAAUUUUCAAUAAAAAAAUUUUCAUUGUUCAAAAAAUGGCUUGUACAUUUAAUACAACAUCGAUGAUGGAAUCACAACAAGAUUCUACUUAUGAUUCUUCAUCUGAAAAUAUUAUCCAAAAAAAUCUUACAUUUAAUAAAUGUGAUUCAUCGAAUUCAAUUGUUCAUGAUGAAACGUUUGAUGAAAGUAUUUGUAAUGAACAAAUAAUUAAAACAUUUCUUCGAAUUCGAUCCGAUGUCGAAAUUGAUUCAAGAUAUAAAAUAAUUGACAAUAAUCUAUCGAUCGAUAAGAAUUUGAAAACAACCGAUGAAUAUCGUUUUGAUAAAAUUUUCUAUCAAGAAUAUAGCCAAUAUGAUGUAUUCAAAGUUUGUACCCUUCCAUUGCUUAAGGAAUUCAUUGUUGGAAAAAAUUCCUUAAUAUUCACUUUUGGUGUUACUUCAUCCGGCAAAACAUUCACAAUGAAAGGCAAUGUUAAAAAUCCUGGCAUCAUUCCUUAUUCAUUAGUCAUAUUGUUUCAAAUGUUUGCUGAAGCAAUGGAAAUAAAAUUACCAACAUAUAAGCCAAUUUGUUUUUCCGAUCGUAAACGUUUAACGAAAAAUGAUCAAAAUUAUGAAGAUGAAAUACGUAAAUAUAUUGUUCAUGAUUCGAUGGGUAAAAAUGAUGGAAAAAACUUCCAAAUAACUGAAAAUUUAAUCUACAACAAUCAUUUGGAUUUGAUAGAACAAUUACAAAAAAUGUUCAAAUCGAUGAGCAAAGAAAAGCAAGAAGUAUGUAUUUGGAUUUCAUAUUUUGAAAUCUAUAAUGAUACAAUCAUCGAUUUAUUGAAUGUACGUUACAAGGAUGAAAUGGAACCAAAAAUAAUGUUCAUUAAAGAUAAUAAAGAACAAUAUUAUGUUAACGGUAUUCGACAAGUAUUUGUCGAAUCAGCCACCGAUGCAUACAUGGUUUAUUUGUUUGGUCAAAAUAAUUUGAAAAAACAUAUGGCACAAACAGCAUUGAAUCCAAGUUCAAGCCGAUCACAUUCAAUAUUUAAGAUUACAUUGAUACGUAUUGAUCAUUCGACUGCUGAAACAUUUACAUCUAAUAUCAAUUUUUGUGAUCUUGCCGGUGCCGAACGUAUUGCAAAAACUGGCAAUGUUGGCAAUCGUGCUAAAGAAACUAAUAAAAUUAAUCAAUCAUUGUGUCUGUUGAAUCAAUGUAUUUCAUCAUUGACAGGAAAAAAAGAUCAUCAAAAUAUAAUUUCAUUUCGAUCAUCAAAAUUGACACAUGUAUUACAACCAUAUCUAUUUUCGAAUGGUGGUUCAUUCAGUACUAUUAUAAAUUUGAAUCCAUCGACAAAAUUAUUUGAUGAAUCAAUUUAUUCAUUAAAUUUUUGUGAUAAUAUUAAAGCUGUCCCCAUCUCUCAAAUGCCAUCAUAUAAACGACGAAUGACCAUGGCAUUUAGCCAUAAUCUUGAAGAUGUUGAUGAAGAUUCUGAAAGUGAAGAGAUGGAAGAUGACGAUGAAGAAAAUGAAAGUGAAAUCAUCAACAACAUAAAAAAUCCAUGUAAUUGUGAUAAAUUAAAGAAAGAAAAACUAUUAUUGGCUAAAGAAAUUGAAGAAUGUCGCCAAGAAUAUAAUGAACUAAUUGAUGAACUUCGAGAUCAAAUGAAUGAACAAAAUGAAAAUCAUGAAGAUGAUUUAAAACGUAAUGAUAAACUAUGGUUGAUGCGUAUCGAUUGUAUUCAAGAUAAAUAUCAUACAGAGUUGGAUACAAAAAUAGCUAAAAUCGAAUUGCUUGAAAACCAAUUAUUUGAUGUUCAAUCUGAAUUAGUUGAAUCACAACAAAUUCAGAGUGAAUUAAUCAAAGCAAUCAAAAAUUGUGAAGACCAAUUUGAUCGGAAAAUGAAAAAAAUUGAUAUUGAAUUGAAACAAUAUGAACUGAUUUAUGGCCAAAAAUUGGAAAAAAUCAAUGGCUAUUUCAAAUUAUCAGUCAAAGAAUCAGCCAAAACUCGACAAAUAAUUCAAGAAUUACGUACAACCAAUGAAGCAAAUGAAAGUGAAAAUAAAAGUCUACAAAAAGAAAAUGAACUUUUAAAGAAUAAAUUACGUACAACCAAUGAAGCAAAUGAAAGUGAAAAUAAAAGUCUACAAAAAGAAAAUGAACUUUUAAAGAACAAAUUACGUACAACCAUUGAAGCAAAUGAAAGUGAAAAUAAAAGUCUACAAAAAGAAAAUGAACUUUUAAAGAACAAAUUAAGUAAAAUUGUUAAAGCAAAUGAAAGUGAAAAUAAAAGUUUAAUUACAAUUUUUGAUAAAAAUGCAAGUUUAGAGUAUAAAUCAAGUACAAUUGUUAAAGAACAGGAAAGUGAAAAAAAAAUUCUACGGCAAGUAAAUGAAAAUUUAAAUAAUGAAUCAGAAUUGCUUAAAAAAUCGUAUGAUGCUGGCACAUUUUCUGACAAAAAGAAAAAAAGAGCAGCAAUUCAGCAACAAAUGUCAUCUACAACUAAAAAAUUAAAACUAACCAAACAGGAUAUUUCAAGUCCAUCGGAUUUAAUUUCACCCGAUACAAUGUUUUCCGAAUUUAAAUCCGAACAAAAAUGCACACAAUCGAAUAAUGCAUAUAAUACUAGAAGCAAGAAUAAUGCAUAUAAUACUAGAAACAAGAAUCGACGAAAAUUAUUCUAAUGCAAAACAAUGAUUUUGCAUAUGAAAAUAUCUUUUGUUAAUCUAUAUCUAACAUUUACUAUCGAGGAUCUAUACGAUAAUGCAGUGUUUUUUUAAAAUUAUGAUCCACUUGAAAAAUUUUUAUUGACAAAUUUCGAUGUAUAUAUAAAGAUUAUGUCUUUAUUAAUUUGUGGAGA